AUGCACCGGAUUAACCUGUGGCUGUCUAACACCCUUCCCGGCAGACGCCUACCCGGGAUGCCUAUUCUAUCGAGUUGCACAAGUACCACAGGAAUGACGAGGUGUAUCACAUGUUUAAGUGUAGCCCUGGAACCCCGAAGUCCACCUGAUAGUCCACCUGAUACAACUCAUAAGGAAAUCGCAGCAAACGAGUCUUUGCAACUACAUCCUUAUGUCUCAAAGAAGAAUCCGCAGCGGGAUUCCGCCGUCGAAUGCCCAGAUGAGAGCACUGCCAGCAAAGAUUUCAGCAGGUGCUCCAACGAGGUAAUCUGCACCUGCAGUCAUACAAGGAGUAGAGUACAGUGCAUUUGUCCACAAUACAGCUUGAAGGACUCGCAAAACUCUAUCACCACUCUACCAAUCAUAGCGUCGCACCUCAACAUUACUGCCUCCGACACAGUAAUAAUUGAUACACACGACGCCGAGAUAUCAUUACUCAUCACAUCAAAAAAGCAGAUUCAAAGGUAA